AUGGGCGCUGCAGCUGCGAAACCCGUGCGUGAAGCACCUGUCCGGUACGUGGCCAAGCAGAUGGCGCGCCUGGACAAGAUCCCGGUCGAGCAGCAAUUCAAGAAGCCACAGUUUACGGCACAGGGCAUCAAUAUUCGCCAGGACGAUGUGAACACCGAACCGCUCAUGUACGUGGAGACGUCCAAGGACGCCGGCAGCACCGAGCUGACGGACCAUGUGGCACCGCGGUGGUACUUGAACACGUACCUGGAGAUGUCCGACAACAUGCGCACUGACCAAACGGUGAUUAGCGGCAACCUCCCUCUUGCGUGGGAGCGCGAUAAGCAUGAGCCAUAUUCACUGGUGCGCGGCCGCAUCGAUGACGAGGACCUUCGCUGGGUUCUCCAACCGGAGCAGCGCAAGAAGCCUCUCGACGAGCUGCUGGGGCAUACGAAACUAGAAAGGCAGGUUUUGCAGGACAUCCUCGAUACGGUGGAGCUACCCCGAACACAGUACCGAAACUACAAGGGCAAGUUACACAAGAGCAUUGACGACGCCAACACACACAUGUCGGCGCGCAAAGAACAAAUCCAGAAGGCUCGAGAGGCGGAGAUCCUGCGUCAGAUUGGCUACACCGAAGAGGAGGUUCUGAAGGAAGAGCAGUACCUGACGAAUCGCCCCCGCGGCGUGCGCACCCUUGACGACCUCGGCGCAAGUGACCGAGAAAAGCGCCGACAGCAGCGGGCGGCCGAGGCGAGCGAGUUGGAGGACAUGCUGAGGGAGCGGCGCAUCGAGCAGCUGGAGCGUGGAGAGGCAGCUGUGACGGAAGAGGAGGUAGCUGAAAAGCCAGAGGUGCUGCAGAUGCGCAACAAGCAUUUUAGCACACACAAGAACGUCUACAAGCGCAUGUACGCGGCAGACAUUGGCAAGGACGAGCGCAACCAGUCAAAGUUUGUGUGGUGGCUCGACCGCACGCGGCGCAUCAAGCGCGCUGUGGACACUAUUCACGGUGUUCCGGUCUACAAUGAACGACUCUCAGCGAACGAGGAGCAGACGCGCAAGCAGAUGCAGGAAGCGGCGGAGUUCAACUUCUCGGUAUCACGGUCGCAGGGCGCGAAAGGGUUCACCGACCCGCGCGGACAUUACGAUCAGUUCAUGGAUAUUAUGCGCCACAACAAGGAGGAGAUGGAGAGGGACACACAUGUUGAAGUCCACGAGGACAGCAGCGCCGAGCACCCCAUCUUUAAGUUCCCCCACACCCGAGAGCACGGCGCGAAGCCAGCGCCGACGCGCUUUGCGGACCGUCGUGACCAUGCACAGCGCGUCGACACGGAUGUGACUAAGCUCUUUGGGCUUGAGGGCGAGUCGCCUGCCGCUAUCGCAGCUACACCUGCUGCGCCUGUACACAGUAAAUUGUCUCCAUCAAAGCAGGAAACCAGCGGGGCGGACGAACUCACGUCCCCGAGCGGUAGGGCGAGUGCUGGCGGUUGGGAGAAGGUGAAGGGCGCGAGCGGCUCCACACCAGCAGCAUGCACAGAGGCUUCGCCGCCCACCAACCAGGAUGACAGAGAGCGUUGA